AUGUUAUCCCUUGAUGUUCUAUUAAGCUGCCGUCCUGGAUAUGUCGGUGAACAGUGUGAGAUCUAUGAUCCGUGUGCGAGAAAUCCAUGCGGAAAAUCAUCAGAGUGUGUUGCGAUACCGGACGAGACGGAAGUGAAAGGGGAUCUAUCAGCUCAAAAUUAUCGUUGUCUUUGUGGCAUGGCUGAAGAUAUUGACGAGGAGAACCCGACUGGUGAGUCAGCCGGCUCAAGGAACGGUUACUCGUUGAUUCUCUAA